AUGUCCGAUCACCUCCCACUACCCACGCCGGAGGCACCUAUCGGCACGCCCUUGAGGAUUCCAAUGCACCCUAGGCCUCUAGAAACCAACACUCAGCCCCUCAUAAACAGUGCCGCCCCUGAGGUGCCGCCUGACAAGCUCAACCGCAGCAAGCGAGGGAAAGUCCCUAGCGCGAAAUGGGAGGAACACAAGGAAACCCUUUACAACCUUUAUAUUGUGGAAGGAUUGACAUUGGAGAAAACCAUGGCCUUCAUGGAUAAGCACCAUGACUUUCAAGCCUCAAAGACAAUGUACAGACACCGUUUCAAGUCUUGGGGGAUGUUCAAGAAGUUGAGGAAGGGCGAAGUUCAUAAAGAUGUCGCUCGGCACCCGGAAGAGCUGCAGAACAGCGACAAUGAGGUCUUGGUUUCUGCCAACAGGGCCUCUGGGACGCGAGUGCAACGCUAUUUGACCAAGCACGGAGUUUCUAUUCCGGAGAAAACCACCAGUGCCGUACCGGCUUCCGACGCCAAUGAUGUGGGCUCGCCCAUGGCCAUGGGAACUCCAGCGAAGGCCCCAGCAGAGAAGGCACCUUGCGCACUCCUUCUCCCGGUUGGCUUCAAAAGUCCCCUUGAUGCACACCAUUUCCUUCCUGUAGGAACAGCUUGGUAUCUAGUUGAUGUCUAUGCCUCGAUUCAAGAUAUCCAGGAUGCAGACAAAGUCAUCGACUGGAUCUCCAGUGGCUACAGCCAAGAGCUGAGUCUCUUACACCCUCGAACCUUGUACCACUACCAGCGUGUCAUCGAAAAGCUUGAGGCCUCUGGGCGAAGCAAUGACGCUAAGUCGUUGGGAUUCCGUCUCUUCACUGCGAUCCGGGACAACGCCCCGCCCACCAAGAUUAUCUCGGUCCUUCAACCUGUGGUAUCUGACGACGAGCUCGCGGGUGUUACCAAUAGCCCCGAAUUUCAGCGCAUCUUCAGCGGGCCGUCGGACGUGGACCAAAUGGACCAGCAGCUCAGGUUUGCAACCAUCUGGACUUUGGCCAGGCUUCCUGGAAUGCAGCUGGUGGUGCAGAAGUUGAUUUCGAACUUUAAAUCUCUUCCUUUGGACCUAAGAGGCCGGGAAGUAGAGGCCAGGUGCAUCUACAUCUGGGCUUUGGUCGAUGAGAAGGCUCUCGAGACUGCCAGGUCGGAAUGCCUCACCGCUCGGCACACACUGACUUCUCUGAUUCUCCGCGCCGAUCCACUGCAUUUGACAGAGCUCAUCCCACUGGCAAGAGAGCUGCAGUACCAGCACCACCUUGUGAAGGACACUUCUGGGCGCGACGCGAUUGGGAGAUGGAUAGCGGACUUGAUUCAGGACGAGAUCUUGAAGCCGUUUCGGGGGAUUUACGGCUAA